AUGGAAUACUUUGAAGAUGAAGAUAUUUGGAUAGAUAAAUGGUUCUUAGAAAAGCCUUUUGGAGCUUGCCGGGGCAAAUUCAAGGAGAUCUGUGAACGUCCAAAUGGCUCCUGUCGGGACUUUUGCCUCAAAACAGAAAUCCAUGUUGGGAGAUGUUUAAAUAGCCGACCCUGCUGCCUGCCUCUGGGGCAUCAACCAAGAAUUGAGAGCACUACACCCAAAAAGGACUGA